GCAACCAUCAAUGACGGAGAAAUCGGAACCUACCUACUGCUUAUUCAGCCUACAUAGUUCAUGUUACCAUGUGUUCUCAAAAAAGAAAAUGGCUAAAAUGUUUUUUGUUUGUUUCUUAAAACUGGUUUCUUUCCUCAUUUCCAGGAAUUAUAUAUCAGCCAUACAGACGAAAGCCCAAUUGGUGCAGAAACCGAUAAGCUGUGUAAAAGCCGCCGUUGAAACAAUGGGACACGGGGGUCUACACCUCGAACUAUUCAACACACAAAAACCCGGACUGCCGGCGCAAGUGAGACGAUUGUUACAGCAAACGAGAUGAAAGUAACACAUGCAACGAUGACUGACACAUUGGGUGCGUCUGUAACCGUUUCCGGUGCAACGGCCACUGCUGGAACCCCGCUUGCUAUUCACUUCGAAGAUAUGCUAAAGGAAUUCCUGUCGUUUUCACGCCACCAUGCAUAUCGGAAAAGACGGAGCAUAACUGGUGAUCCGAGGAGUCUACGAUUCAUGUGACUAUAAAUACAUGGCUACAUUCAUCCAUGAAUUCUUUCAUUCUGCAACCGGAGACUGCAAAUCACAAACCAUCUGCCAAAAUGAAGAAAAACACUACUGUUGCUAAUUGUUCAGAAAGUUUAUCGAAGCUUGAAGACAUAUUACGCCACGGCCGAGAAAAUAAACACCACACGAGUGCUGAGUUCAAUUGUCGUGUGGUCAUUAAAGGCAUACGUAAUAGCGAGCAAUGGUUUAGACUUAUGUGUAGAGGCGGGAAAUGCAUGAAAGGUGUCUUUGCUGAUCAAGGGGAGCUCUGGUGUGCUGGCUGUGAAAACCCGGUUAUGUUCCCCCGGGCAAGGUACCAUCUUGAACUUGAUGUCCUGGAUUCCACAGCAAGUGUGGUCAUUGUGUGUUUCGAUGACACUGCACAGGUACUAACCCACACCACUGCUCAGGAUAUACUCAAUGUGGAAUCGGGUCUCACGCGUAUCAACACCAUUUAUUCCGAAAACACCCCGGCUAGCUUCACUCCAGUCAUAAUACAGAACUCUAAUGGUGGCAUCUCAGCGCUCCCAAACUGCUUGCACUCACUGGUGGGCACCACCCGAACCAUCCAAGUCGACACAUCCACAUAUUACAAUCAUGGCACCUUUGAGAGCUUCAACUGCAAACGUGUACUCCCAGACGAAACAAGCUGGCAACCUGUUAGACCUACCAGUCCUGCUCCCAUUACUAGGCUGGAUAAAGGGGUGAUGACAAUACCAACACCAGUUAAGCUCAAAGAAACGAACAGAAAGUCCAUCCCUACUUAUGCGGGUUGUGAAUCAGAUGGUUCCAUGAAUGACACUCCAUGUGAAAGCCCCACUUAUGAAGCUUCGUAUUCAGAUGGUUCCGUAGGGAGCGCACCAGGUGAAAGUGGACCGUCAGCUACAUAGCCAUCCAUGAACGCCUUAAGAUUUCUUGAAUUGUUAAAUAAAACGGGGAACUCCGUAACCUACUGUUAAGCUUUUCCCCCUACAAUGUAUGUUUUAAGACUUGGCAUACAUGCUUACUCUUAAAUGGAUUACGCAACGAAUUUUCCUACUCUAUUCACGCCUUACCUUUUUGUUA